CAUCUUCAGGAUGGACCUUGUCCUUCUCUGUGUGUUCCUGCCUCUGGUGACUGUGGCAUGGGGCCAGUACAGUGACUAUUACUACGGUCCCUAUAAUUAUGGAGAUAAUGAUGAAUGGGUCAAUGUGUACCGGCAGGGUUUUAACUUCCAGUGCCCACACGGGCAGGUGAUCGUGGCUGUCAGAAGUGUUUUCAGCAAGAAGGAAGGCUCUGACAGACUGUGGAACUAUGCCUGCAUGCCAGCAUCCCAGAGCCUCGGUGAGCCGACAGAGUGCUGGUGGGAAGAGAUCAACAGGGCGGGAACCGAAUGGUAUCAAACCUGCUCAAACAAUGGGCUGGUGGCUGGUUUCCAGAGUCAGUAUUUUCCAUCUGUGCUGGACCGUGAAUGGCAAUUUUACUGCUGCCGCUAUAGCCGGAGAUGCCCAUAUUCAUGCUGGUUAACAACAGAAUAUCCAGGACACUACGGGGAAGAUAUGGAUAUGAUGAUGUACACUUAUGACUAUUACAUCCGUGGGGCAACCACAACUUUCUCUGCUGUGGACAGGGAUCGUCAGUGGAAAUUUAUUGUCUGCAGGAUGACAGAUUAUGACUGCCCAUUUCAAAACGUUUAAAAAUGAGGAAUGUACCCCACUUGGAAAGCUUGGGGACAGACAGGGUGUGAUGAGGGUUAGUCAUUACAGGAGAAGUGCAAUUAGGCUACAAAAAAAGUACCAAGACCCAUCAGCUGUCUGCUGAAGAUGUAAUUCUUUCCCUCUGGAGCUAAUAAAUAAAUUGCCAGCCCAUGUGCUUGCAACAGCAAAUUCGCAGGAUUCUUUAAAGCUGCACUGACAGUUGUAUUCCCCAAUAAAAAUUGCUUAAGAUACACAUGUUAAUGAUACACAAUUCUCUGGCAUAUGCACAGUUACCUUUCUUAUAUAUACAUAUAGCCAUUCUGAACACAUACAACUUUCUUUCACAUAGCAACUCCAUAUAAAUUGCUUCCCAGCACAGUGACUCUGAAUGAGUUGGAAACAUACUAUAAGCUUCCCACCAUACACUAGACUUUCAUGUGUUCUGCUCUGUACUUGGAAUCAACCCAGUGGUCCCUACCAGCUUCCUAGCAUCUAGUAGCUGGAAGUGUGUUGAAACGGCACCAGGAGGUCUCUGAUGUAACUGCAUCUGGCGUUACCUAUUACAGACCUCAGCUUAACUUCACUGCAACAAAGGUCUGCCAACACAGGGAAAUUCCAGGUAUUUACAACACAGGAAGACAUCAAUAUCUGAUAAAAAUGAGAGUAGAUCCAUCAAUAAAACCAGAAGCCUACCCCAGCUUUAUUGAGAGUCUCUUUUAUAUCGUCUUAAAAGCCUCUAAAAACAUAAACAGCUUGGAGCUCUACCCUGGUCAAACCCAGGAGUAGGUCAGUCCACUCACAUUCCCAGUAAAUGUGGAUAUCACACUCAUCAGGAGUCUGCUUUUCAGGUGGAUUGGGUUUCCACUAUGGGUACCUGCACAACAUCCAUCUGCCCUUGGUAAUACAUUCUUGGUUUAGAACAGAAAAAUAAAGCUAACGACUUAGGUGACCUCGUUUCCUCCAACUUGCAGAUCCUAUUCCCUGUAAAGUAUAAGCUGACCAUGUUUCAAGACCGCACAGCACUUGUGCAGCUGUAAUCCAACAAGACUGUUGAUCUCUUUCAGGAAGGUCUGAGGCAGGAUUUUCACUCCUGAACAAUCUAAAAUUUAGGGCUCAGUUUCUUAGUUGAUGAAGUCAAUGGUAAACUUAGCAGUGGCUUCAAUCAUGGCUCGCUUAAGGGCCAUGAUGACCUCAUGUACCAAUUUAAGGUUGCAAAGCUUCAUAGGAAACAGUGGUGUCAGCCAGUUAGUUUCCAUGUUCCAAGCAUUUUUAACAUAUUUACCAGCAUACCCUCAAGCGUGAGCAUUAAA